AUAUCUGUAAAGGUGGUGCUCCAUAUCUGUUAAGAUUUGCAUGUCUUUUCGAUUCAAGAAUUAUGUGCUUAUCAACCUAUUUAUUGAUAGAUAGUGGAGAUGAAGGUGGUGAUAAUGGAAACGAAGAUGAUAUUAACAGAAAUAAUAGUGAUGGUGGUAAAAAUGGAAAUAGUGAUGGUAAUAGAGGUGGUAAAAACAGAGAUAGGAAUAAAGGUGAUGUACAUAAAAAUGGAGAUGAUAGAAAUGAAGAUAGUGGUGGUGAUGGAAAUGAAGAGGUGAAUGAAGAUAAUGAUUGUGAUGACAAUGAAGGUGGUAUAGGUAAUGAAAUCGAAGAUAAUAGUGAUGAGAAUAGAGGUA